GGCUCACAUUUACUACCUGGGCAGACCGUGAACGCAACGGGACAGCCUCCAGGUCUCUCCAGUCCUCACUCUGUGUUGAGCUGUCUGCGAGGAGGACCACAUGUAAAGUUUAACACUGACAGAAAGGAGAGAAAGGAAACUUUUUGACUUCUUUAAUUUUCUGAUUUAUUGUUAUGUGUUGGCUUCACUUCCCUCUGAGAAGAUGAGCGGCGGUGUUACGCGGACGGAGGGGAAUGGAGAAGAGGACAACAAAACUAACAUCCGAUGCAGGCGGCUUAGACUCACCCUUCAGGAUCAGUUAGGAGCCACCUCAGAGAGACACAGCAACAAGGAGAGCAGUAUAGCAGUAGUGCUGCCACAGAAACCAGAAGAGCAGCAAGAAGCUCUCAUCACUCCCACAGAGGACAAAGUUGAAGUCAUUAAGGUUUUUCUGGAAGCUCGUCCAGAGACGGCAGAGAGCGUCAGAAUGCUGACGGAUGAGGUGUCACAGAUUCAAGAGGUGAGGUACUGUCUGAAGACUCUGAGGGAGCAGAUGGCAGCCAGGCAGAACAAUAACAACAACAAGUAUCCAGUCAACGGCUUCAGAGUCAACCUGCCCAGCAGUAAACCAGCUGUCAUCAAUAGCAACACUGUUGUCAUUGAGUCAGACGCUCAAGUCGCGGAUAAUCAGGAGGAGAGUGUGAGGCUCAGGGAGGCGACCAAGCGUCUGUACGCCCAGCUCAAGGAGAUGGAGAAGAGGCACCAGGAGGAGAGGGAGAGACUGCAGGCCGAGUCACACGAGUACAGCGUCCGUCUGGCUGAGCAGUCUGAGCGGCUGGAGAAGGUGGAGGAGCUGUCGGAGGAGAGGGGUCAGCAGGUGGAGGAGCUGCAGAGGCUGCUGGCGAGCAUGGAGAUCGAGAGUGGUACCCUCAAAGACAAGAUGGCCGCAGGGGAGGCGGAGCUGCUGAAUCUCAGAGCUGGCAGGGAGGAGAGCGAGGAGAACGAGGAGAGGUGUGAAGAGCUGGAGAAGGAAGUGGCCAUCCUGAAGGAAAAGAUCCAUCACCUUGACGACAUGUUAAAGAGUCAGCAGAGAAAAGUCCGCCACAUGAUCGAACAGCUGCAGAACUCCCGGACGGUCAUCCAAGAGAGAGAUCGAUUCAUCAGGGACCUGGAGGAGAGGGUGGCUUUCCUGGAAGCUGAGAACAGAGAAAUGCAUGACCACAUGGAGUACUUCCUGGCAGGCCAGGAGCCUCCGUCCCUGAUGUCCUCCGAGAACAAGCCGGAAGUUGUUUACAGUAAAACACUCACACCGGUGUCACAGGGCAACAAGGCCCUCCCGUUCAUCAAAGUCAUCGAGAUCAAGUCCUGAAUGGAGUGACAACCAAAGGAAUGACCUGAAGUAAAAUACAGAGUAAAUAAAUACAAUAUUUAACCACCUUCCAGUAUACAAACUAUACAUCUGCAGUGAUUGAAUAAGGCUGGAUUAACAGACCUCAUGGUGACGAUGCACACUGGUCAUUAUUAGUACCUUAAAGUUACUUUUGAGGCUGUUCUGCGAACAUUUAAAGGUUCUCUCCGUGUCAAACAAAAUCUAAUAAAAGGAAAGGAUGAUACAAGCUCUGGUCGGAGCGAUCCUAAAAAGGAAACAAGGAUGGAGCUGUGCAAUGCAAAGAAUUUUACUGUACAUCUUACAUAAUAUACAGACACAAGACACAUUCUGUGCAGCGCGUAUUAUGUCAGCAAGUCUUCAGUAGAGAGUUCAGUAGAGUUCUUUGUGUUUUUUUCCACUUCUUUGCCAAGUAGAAAUAAUGCUAACAGGUCAAUGUAAAAGGUGGGUCAGGAUUAAAACCCGCUGUUGUUAUUGUAAAUGUCUCUGUUACACAUAUAUUUGGAGAAAUGUAAAAAAGAAUUAUUAAUAAUUAGUUUGUUUUGAGCUCUUCUUCUUCGUCCUUCAGACCUCAACCCUUAGCAGCAGGGUUCAGGGUCAGAUUCCUCAGUGCUUUGCACCACAUUGCCAACAGCAGAAAUACUACACUGAACUAUGAUUUAUGUUUAAUGUAUUUCUAGGACUGAGUGGGUCAUGUAUAAUAAGAGUGAUAAUGCUAUUUUAUGUAUUAGAAUCGAGUUUGCUGGAAAAUACUUAUUAAAGGUUAAUCACAGAAAUAGAAACUUGUUUUAACAACAUUUUAAUUCGGCCAAGUGUUGCCUCAACACCAUUUAUUACAUAUUAUGUUUUGUGCUAAAAGGUUGCAUAUUUAAUAUCUCUUUAAGAACUUCUUUACAUAAUUAUUUGUAUGAUUUUUUUUGGGGGGGGCUUUUUUUUUUUCUGUGAAAUACUUCCAACCCAGGCUGUAAUUUUUUAUAAACGGAGUACCCAUUUACUGUGAACGCUGUAGAUAGAUACAUUGAAGUUCAGGUUAUGUUUUGUUGUAGACGCAUCUUAUUUUAAUAUAAUUAAAUACCUGGUAGUUGGACUCAUUUGUUGCUCCUGUGAAGUUUUACACAUCUAAUUUCUAUUAUCUGUUGCUGCAUCUUUCCUCUGUAACCUUGUACUGCCACCUAGUGGAGGUAAUAAAGAAACUGACUAUAAGAA